GUCUGAGUCGAACCAGGGCCGGGGCCGGCCAGUCUGCGCCUGCAGUGGGACCCCUGGGCUGGGGGCCAUGUCCUCCGAGGUCAUCUCCAGCGCUUUACGUGAUGGACUCGGAGUAAAGUUAGUUGGUCGCCUGUUGGGCUAAGAAACUGUGGGGAAUAAGACACCUGCCUCCAGGAGCCUUUUUCUGCCUGGUCCAUAGUUUGGGAUACCGCUACUCUAAAAACUUUGAGAUGAGGUGUGAGGCCACACAGUGAGGCCGCCAAGGUGGCGCUUGGAGAAGAGUGUGGCCCGCCGGCUGUGGGCAGUGGGACUCGGGGCCCUCCGCCAGAAGACAGGUGUUCAGGGCCGGAGGGGCAUCUGAGUUCUACGUACAGCUCCGUAGUCUCAUCGUGGCGGCUUUCUAACUUCUCCGGUGGAGAGUAGGGACUCACACAUUUUUGGAAGCCUCUUCUCUUGGGGGGUUGAACCCAGCUUUCAAGAAUAGUUGCAGCAACGUUUAAAUUGGAUGGAAAUAAUGAUGGAACAUGACCUACCAUCAGGCCCCAUGUGGAUCAAACACAGCCCAAGCCAGGGCUGCCCCAGGCCAAGGGCUGGAAGAACGGAAAGAGCUCAUCGGUUUGUUUGAAGGCAGACAAGCUGUACAGGCAGCUUUUCCCAGACUCUCCCAGCUCCGGCUUUUCAUGCAUACCAGCAGAGCCGCUUUUUUCCUCCAGUGAUUGAAACCAUCUGGACUGCAGGGGGGUCACGUGUGUAUGAGAAAAUGACAUAAAGUUUCAGAUCCCCUUGUGUUUUGCUCCAGACCCAGACAAUUCUUGUUCGGAUGGUGCCGAGCCCGGCCGCAGCCCCGGGCGCGGAUGCCUGCCCGACCACCGCCCUCUCUCCCGGAGCGGCUCCUCCUCCGGGCUGCGCGGCUCCAGACAAGCCCCCAUCAGUGCGAGCGCCCAGCCUGGCUGGAGAACUCAAGAGGACCGCACAAAGAAGGAGCUUAAGAAGAGCCUGUUGAAUGCAUGGAGUGAAGUAAAGGCUUCCUGGACUCUGCUGGCUUGUCUGAGAGUUCCACUGUGACUACGUAGAUACAAGCGUCCUUUUCAUUUAUCCGGAAGAUGAGAGACUGCUUGGGUAUCAGCAAUAGUACCAUGAGUCCCUGCACUGGUUAAAGCCAUCGCCACAACCUGGGCAGGCAGCAAGGUAAGUGGAGAGGCCAGUCCAGGCGAGCUCCUGGGAUGUGAAUACAUUUCCGCCUCAAGUGCUGCCCGGAAAAUCCCAAGUGCACAAACAAGUCAAGGCAAUGCAUCUGGGUCCUCCUACCCACACUCCAGGACCCAGAGGAAGGGCUUGCUUCCCCUCCCAAGUGCUCCAGCUAGCUCCCUCCCUGCUGGCCAGGCUUCUUCCAAGUUUAAAAAAAAAAAAAAAAAAUGAGACACUAGAGGGGAGGAAAACAAGUCCACUCACUGUCUUUCCCUUCUCCCAUCUUAACUGUUCAAGCAAGUUCCCAGGAGCUGCCCAGAGCUCUUGUUUGACUGGAAGGGAGGUAGGAGGAGUGGAAUGUGUGCAAAACCCGAGCUGAUCAAAAGACAGUGCUGUUUCAUGGAAGCCUCCCAGAACUGAGAGCGGGAGAGAAGGGGGGGUGGAGGGGGAGAGAGGAGAGGAGACAGACAGAGAGAGAGAAAGAGAGAGAGAGAGAGAGAGAGAGAGAGAGAGCGCGAGCGCGAGCGCACAAGCGAGAGCAGGAGAGAGAGAGAGCAAGCCAGAGCACAGAGCACGCUGGCUGGCGAGAACAGGGUCUCCAUGACAACUGGCCUGGCCGGCUAGAAGUGCUCUGCUCAUUUGGCUGGAAGGAGCGCCACGAAAGGUCAGAGGAAGGAGCUGUGGGAAGCUCGCAGCAGGUAUCGGAGCUUAAGAGAGUGGAUUUUGGGGCCCCGGGCUCCCUUACAGACUGUGGUGUGAGCCAAACUCUGCCGAGAAUGGAGUGGGCAGGAAAGCACCGGGACUUUCAGGGCUCUGGGUUUUCAGAAAGCCGAAAUGACCAUGACUGCCAACAAGAAUUCCAGCAUCACCCACGGAGCUGGAGGCACUAAGGCCCCUCGGGGGACUCUGAGCAGGUCUCAGUCAGUCUCUCCACCUCCAGUUCUCUCCCCACCAAGGAGUCCCAUCUACCCAUUCAGUGAUAGUGAAACGUCAGCCUGCAGGUACCCAAGCCGCUCCAGCUCCCGGCUGCUCCUCAAGGACUGGCACCCCCGUGAUCUUUCACCCCCAAAUCCUCAAGCUCACUCCCCAGACACUUCACCACCUAUCUGUCCUCUCAAGGCCACCAACUUCAGUUAUUUGGACAGAAGCCCUUCAGUGUGCAAGAGAGAGGACCAGAAGGAGAAUGUCCAAGGGGCAGCCCAGGAUGUAGAGGGAGUAGCUGCUUGCCUCCCCCUUGCCCAGAGCACCCCAUCCCUGGGGCCGGGAACCGGCUCACGGAGCUCCUUUCUGAACCGCACUGGCAACCGUGCCCAUAGCCUGGGCAUCCGGGAGAAGAUCUCAGCAUGGGAGGGUCGCCGAGAGGCUUCGCCCAGGAUGAGCAUGUGUGGGGAGAAGCGGGAGGGCUCUGGGGGUGAGUGGGCGGUCAGUGAAGGCUGUCCCAGCGUGGCGCCAUCCCCCUGCAGCUCAGAAAAAACCUUUGAUUUCAAGGGCCUCCGGAGGAUGAGCAGGACCUUCUCAGAGUGUUCCUACCCUGAGACCGAGGAGGAGGGAGAGGCGCUCCCUGUCCGGGACUCUUUCUACCGGCUAGAGAGACGGGCAGGCCGGAGUGAGCCCAGUGCCUUCCUCAGGGGGCAUGGCAGUAGGAAAGAGAGCUCAGCAGUGCUGAGUCGGAUCCAGAAAAUUGAACAGGCCCUGAAGGAGCAGCCAGGCCGGGGACUCCCCCAGCUCCCCAGCAGCUGCUACAGUGUAGACCGAGGGAAAAGGAAGACUGGGACCUUGGGAACCUUGGAGGAACUGACAGGGAGCACGAGUGUGAGCACUGGCAACCGGGCAGGAGGAGUGGCUGGAGUUGGGGUGGAGGCAGGCCCACCCCUGGAGAGAGAAGGCAGUGGCUCCACUAAGCCAGGGACCCCGGGAAAUAGCCUGAGCUCCCAGCUGCUGCCAUCAAAGAGCUCCCUUGAUCCCGCUGUGAACCCUGUUCCCAAACCCAAGCGCACCUUUGAAUAUGAGGCUGACAAGAAUCCCAAGAGUAAGCCAAGCAAUGGUCUACCUCCUUCGCCCACACCUGCUGCUCCACCCCCCCUGCCCUCCACCCCAGCCCCUCCAGUCACCCGGAGACCCAAGAAGGACACGCGUGGUCACCGCAAGUCCCAGAGCAGAAAAUCCUUUGAGUUUGAGGAUGCAUCCAGUCUCCAGUCCCUGUACCCCUCUUCUCCCACUGAGAAUGGUACUGAGAGCCAACCCAAGUUUGGAUCCAAAAGCACUUUAGAAGAAAAUGCCUAUGAAGAUAUUGUGGGAGAUCUACCCAAGGAGAAUCCAUACGAGGAUGUGGACUUGAAGAGCCGAAGAGCAGGACGAAAAUCCCAGCAACUGUCUGAAAACUCCUUGGACUCUUUGCACAGGAUGUGGGGUCCUCAGGACAGGAAGUACAACAACCCACCCACUCAGCUAUCCCUGAAACCCAACAGCCAGUCCCUGCGCAGUGGGAACUGGUCAGAAAGGAAGAGCCACCGGCUGCCACGAUUACCCAAAAGGCACAGCCAUGACGACAUGCUGCUGCUGGCUCAGCUGAGCCUGCCGUCUUCACCCUCUAGCCUUAAUGAGGACAGCCUCAGCACCACAAGUGAGCUGCUGUCCAGCCGAAGGGCCCGCCGCAUUCCCAAGCUUGUCCAAAGAAUUAACUCCAUCUACAACGCCAAGAGGGGAAAGAAGAGGUUAAAAAAGCUGUCUAUGUCCAGCAUUGAGACAGCAUCACUGAGAGAUGAGAAUAGUGAGAGCGAGAGCGACUCUGACGACAGGUUCAAAGCCCACACACAGCGCCUAGUCCACAUCCAGUCGAUGCUGAAGCGUGCGCCCAGCUAUCGGACCCUGGAGCUGGAACUGCUCGAGUGGCAAGAGCGGGAGCUUUUUGAGUACUUUGUGGUGGUGUCCCUCAAGAAGAAGCCAUCUCGAAACACCUACCUCCCUGAAGUCUCCUACCAGUUUCCCAAGCUGGACCGACCCACCAAGCAGAUGCGGGAGGCAGAGGAGAGGCUCAAGGCCAUUCCCCAGUUUUGUUUCCCUGAUGCCAAGGACUGGCUUCCUGUGUCAGAGUAUAGCAGUGAGACUUUCUCUUUCAUGCUGACUGGGGAAGAUGGCAGCAGACGCUUUGGCUACUGCAGGCGCUUACUGCCAAGUGGGAAAGGGCCUCGGCUGCCAGAAGUAUACUGUGUCAUCAGCCGCCUUGGCUGCUUCGGCUUGUUUUCCAAGGUCCUCGAUGAGGUGGAGCGCCGGCGUGGGAUCUCUGCCGCCUUGGUCUAUCCCUUCAUGAGAAGUCUCAUGGAGUCACCCUUCCCUGCCCCGGGGAAGACCAUCAAAGUGAAGACAUUUCUUCCAGGUGCUGGCAAUGAGGUGUUAGAGCUGCGGCGGCCCAUGGACUCCCGGCUGGAGCAUGUGGACUUUGAGUGCCUCUUUACCUGUCUCAGUGUGCGCCAGCUCAUCCGAAUCUUUGCCUCGCUGCUGCUGGAGCGUCGGGUCAUUUUUGUGGCAGAUAAGCUCAGUACCCUCUCCAGCUGCUCCCAUGCUGUGGUGGCCUUGCUCUACCCCUUCUCCUGGCAGCACACCUUCAUUCCUGUCCUUCCGGCCUCCAUGAUUGACAUCGUCUGCUGUCCCACACCCUUCCUGGUUGGCCUGCUCUCCAGUUCCCUCCCCAAACUAAAGGAGCUGCCUGUGGAGGAGGCACUGAUGGUGAAUCUGGGAUCUGACCGAUUCAUCCGACAGAUGGAUGAUGAGGACACGCUGUUACCGAGGAAGUUACAGGCGGCUCUGGAGCAGGCUCUAGAGAGGAAGAAUGAACUGAUCUCCCAGGACUCUGACAGUGACUCUGAUGAUGAAUGUAAUACCCUCAAUGGGCUGGUGUCAGAGGUGUUUAUCCGGUUCUUUGUGGAGACUGUUGGGCACUACUCCCUCUUCCUGACCCAGAGUGAGAAGGGGGAGAGGGCCUUUCAGCGAGAAGCCUUCCGCAAGUCUGUGGCCUCCAAGAGCAUCCGCCGUUUUCUGGAGGUUUUUAUGGAGUCUCAGAUGUUUGCUGGCUUCAUCCAAGACAGGGAGCUAAGAAAGUGUCGUGCAAAGGGCCUCUUUGAGCAGCGAGUGGAGCAGUAUUUAGAGGAACUCCCAGACACUGAACAGAGUGGGAUGAAUAAGUUUCUCCGAGGUUUGGGCAACAAAAUGAAGUUCCUCCACAAGAAGAAUUAAGCCCCUUUCCCAGUAAGAGUCCAGUGCCUUGCAGAGCCUGGAGCCUGUGGAGGGGGCCAGCUUGGGACCCUCUGGGCCAACUGUGGCUGCUCUGCCCCCACAGACCCCACCUUCCAAGCCAGCCCACCUCUGCCUUCACGAUAUCCCGGGAUACUGUUUGUAAAUAAUCUGCUGUAAGCUUUCUUAUCUCUUUUUGUAACAAGCAAAGAGAAUCUGGUAAAUAUUUGUAUAUUCCCAAGGGGCUGGGUGCUGGCGACUAGCCAAUUAUGUGCAGCUGACUGUCUCAGCCGAACCACUGAUCUUUCCCUGGAGGCUCCUGGCCUGCCUGCCUGAGGUCCCUGCUGCCAGUCUUGGGCCCUGGAGAGCAGAUGCUGUCUUGUUCUGUACAGGACUUUUUUUUUUUUUUAUCUUAGAGUUUCUAUUUUUUUCUAGUAGUCCCCUCCCCUGACCCUCUGUUUUUGAAAGGCAAAGGCCAAUCAAUCCCCAUUUGCAGUAUGGUACCAGGCUCUCAGGUCUGGCCUUCUCUUGUUCCUCCUACCUUUGUGAUGGUCAGUGAGUCAUGGGAAGCCCACCCCUCCACCCCCCAGCUGUGCCAGUGAUCUCUGGGCCCAGCUCCCAGUCCGUGGUGGCCAUGAUGCGGUACAGGGCAUCCCUCCUUCCCACCAUCUACGGGUGUUCUCAAUAAACAGUGUACAGUUGUUUGGGCCCAGA